AUGUCGGCGCCGUUGCCGCCACGUACCGUCACCCGUCGCCGACGCCGUGAACUUUUCGCAGCGCCUAGGUCUCCUCCCGUCGGCCGGGACCCCGUCGCCACCGCGCCCCGCCAUAGCCGCAACACCCAGUCGCCGUUGCUGUGUCUCCGUCGGUGCCCAAGUCUUCCGCCGCCGGCCGUCCCGUCCUCCUACCGGUCUUUGCGCUCGCUGUCGUGCCGCUGCCGAGACUCGCCGCCGCUGCCGCCUGCAGGUCCCUGCCUGUCUCCGCCUUUCGUGGGCCGCCGCCGGCCCCCUCAAUCACCACCGCCAGCCUCUCGGCUCCGGCCGCUCCCUCCGCCAGCGACCACUAAACCAGGAGGACUCGCGUCCGCCACGUGGCAGGCGGCCACUGGCCCGCGGACAAACCCGUACGCACAGUCAUCCGCCACGUCAUCUGCCACGCAGAGCUGA